AUGGGACGCUCUGUUAGCGAGCAUGCACUGCUGCUACUGCAGUGCAUGCUGCUGCUGCGGCUCGGAGGCGUAGCCGGUAGGAGAGGGCCGGUGCUGCUCCCUGAGUCGCCGUGUCACAAGACAGAGCACCCCAUCAUCCCCCAUUCGGGAAUGGAGCCAUGGAUUUUCCGGUUCAAAGCAGAGGGCACAGUGGAUUACUCCCAGCUGACCUUUGAUCCCAGCCAAAAUGAACUGAUUGUGGGUGCCAGAAAUCACCUCUUUAGACUCAAUCUUGAGGACCUAACACUAAUCCAGGAGGCCGAGUGGCACUGUGAUGAGUUCACAAAGGGAGCUUGCUUCAGCCGAGGGAAAUCUGAGGAGGAGUGCCAGAACUACAUUAGGGUGCUGCUGGUCAAUGGAAACAGACUGUUUACCUGUGGGACUAAUGCCUUCACUCCCAUCUGCACCAACCGAACGCUGACCAAUUUGACCGAGAUCCACGAUCAGAUUAGCGGAAUGGCUCGGUGUCCUUACAAUCCCCUCCACAACUCCACUGCACUCAUCACCUCCAGCGGCGAGCUCUACGCAGCCACGGCCAUGGAUUUCUCCGGGCGAGACCCAGCUAUCUACCGCAGCCUGGGCGGCCUGCCACCACUUCGCACUGCCCAGUACAACUCCAAGUGGCUUAAUGAACCAAAUUUUGUGUCAUCCUACGAUAUCGGAAACUUCACUUAUUUCUUCUUUCGGGAGUACGCGGUGGAGCACGACUGCGGUCGCACGGUCUUCUCCCGGGCUGGGCGCGUGUGUAAGAACGAUAUCGGCGGACGCUUUCUCCUGGAGGAUACUUGGACGACCUUCAUGAAGGCCCGGCUCAACUGUUCCCGGCCAGGAGAAAUUCCCUUUAACUACAACGAGCUGCAGGGCACCUUCUACUUGCCUGAGCUGGAGCUGCUCUAUGGGAUCUUUACUACCAAUGUAAAUAGCAUUGCUGCAUCUGCUGUGUGUGCCUUCAAUCUUAGUGCCAUAUCACAGGUAUUCAACGGACCCUUCAAGUACCAGGAGAACUCACGUUCAGCAUGGCUACCCUUUCCUAACCCCAAUCCUGACUUUCAGUGCGGCACCAUCGACUCGGGCUCCUAUGUGAACCUAACAGAGAGAAACUUGCAAGACGCCCAGAAGUUUUUGUUAAUGCACGAAGUGGUCCAACCUGUGGUUCCCGUUCCCUACUUCAUGGAGGACAACGUUCGCUUCAGCCAUGUGGCAGUAGAUGUGGUGCAGGGCAAAGACAUGCUCUUUCAUAUCAUCUAUUUAGCCACUGAUUACGGCACUAUCCGAAAAGUGCUCUCCCCUCUGAAUCAGUCCACGGGAAACUGCUUAUUGGAAGAGAUUGAGUUGUUCCCAACCAGGAAGAGGCAGCCCAUCCGCAGUCUCCUGAUCCUGCACAGCCGAAGCGAGCUCUACGUGGGCGUACGAGACCAGGUCAUCAAGAUCCCCCUGAAGAGGUGCAGCUACCACAAAAGCAGAGAAGCCUGUGUUGGUGCUAGAGACCCUUACUGUGGUUGGGACCUGCUCUUGAAGAAGUGCACCACCCUAGAAGAAAGCGCCAGAAUGAGCGAAUGGGAGCAGAGUAUUACAAAGUGCCCUGUCCGUAAUGUGACAGUUGAUGGAGGUUUUGGUGCUUGGUCGGCGUGGUCCGCUUGCAGCCACAAUGACGGUGGCAGCGCAGGGUCCUGCUUAUGUCGGACACGGGCGUGUGAUAACCCCGCCCCUCAGUGUGGUGGUCAGAAGUGUCAUGGGAUCAGCGUGGAAGUCGCCAACUGCUCCAGAAACGGAGCUUGGACUCCCUGGACUUCUUGGUCUCCCUGCAGCACCAGCUGUGGAAUAGGCUUCCAGGUUCGUCAGCGCUCCUGCAGCAACCCGACUCCUCGUCACGGCGGCAGAGUGUGCGUGGGUCAGAACCGCGAGGAAAGGUAUUGUAAUGAACACUUACCUUGCCCUCCUCACGUCUACUGGUCAGCCUGGUCGGCAUGGGAACGCUGCAACGUGCCCUGUGGCGGCGGCAUCCAAUCCCGGCGGAGAACUUGUGAGAACGGCAACGACUGUCCCGGGUGUGGUCAGGAGUACCAGCCAUGCAAUUCCCAGCCUUGUCCUGACCUGAAGAAAACCACACCUUGGACCCCGUGGACUCCGGUUAACAUUUCUGACAACGGGGGCCACUACGAGCAGCGUUUCCGUUACACGUGCAAAGCUCGCAUCCCGGAUGCCAGUUUGCUGGAGGUAGGCAGGCAGAGGAUUGAGAUGCGCUACUGCUCCAGUGACGGCUCGACCGGCUGCUCCACUGAUGGUGAGGUUCUUCAUCUAGGGAAGAUCUCUGGACGCACCGUGAACGGCGGUUGGUCCUCGUGGUCUUCUUGGACCCAGUGCAGUAGAGACUGCAGCCGCGGCAUCCGCAGUAGGAGAAGAGCUUGCAGCAACCCUGAGCCAAAGUAUGGAGGUCAGACUUGCCAGGGGGCUGCACAGGAGUACCAGGAGUGCAACACCACCCCUUGUCCUGUGGAUGGAAGUUGGUCUUGCUGGGCUUCUUGGUCCAAGUGCUCCGUAACAUGUGGAGGAGGGCAUUAUAUGAGGACUCGAACUUGCAACAAUCCCUCGCCCGCUCACGGAGGCGACAUCUGCCUCGGCCUGCACACUGAGGAAGCACUAUGCAACACCCAAGCCUGUCCAGAGAGUUGGUCCAGCUGGUCCCUGUGGUCCCAGUGUGACUCUAGGGGGGCGCAGUUGCGUGUCCGUCAUUGCGAUGUCCUGUUUCCCACUGGAAAUCAGUGCUCAGGAAACAGCAGCGAGACCAGGCCGUGCUCUCCCGACUCAAAUCUUAUACCAGAAGUCUCCAUUGCACGCUCCAGCCAGGAGGAGAGACGGUGUGGAGACUUCAACCUCUUUCACAUGAUUGCCGUGGGGCUCAGCAGCUCCAUCCUGGGAUGUCUGGUCACCCUACUGGUGUACUCGUACUGCCACCACUACCAGCAGCAGUCGCACGACGCCACCGUCAUUCACCCUAUCUCGGCCGCGCCGCUCAACACCAGCAUCACCAACCACAUCAACAAACUGGACAAAUAUGACACCGUGGAGGCCAUUAAGGCCUUCAACAAAAACAAUCUGAUUCUGGAAGAACGACAAAAAUACUUCAACCCACAACUCACCGGGAAGACCUACACCAACGCAUACUUCACCGACCUCAACACCUACGAUGACUAUUAA